UCGUGGGAUUUGGUUCUAAGUUCUGACAUUGCUAACUUAACAGUUAAGGACACGGAAUAUUAUAUAUUGUGUUCCGUCCCAUCGCUCUCUCUAUACACGAAGAAGAAACCAAAGAAAUGGAAGAGUCUCUGCUCUCAGAGAGGAGUGAAUCUGGAGACAGGGAGAGCGAGAGGUGGAGCUCCAAUCCGUAUGUAGGGAGGACUGGCGCUGUGAUCCCUACUGCUUCGCUGGCUGGAACCGAGGUCAGUGUUGACGAGAUUCGAUCUGCCGCUUCUUCGGGUUACUAUCCACCAUCGAUUCAUGGUCCCCUUGUCAGCGCCCCGGAGCCCGUUCCUGACGAGCAAGCUAUUGUAUAUCAAGGUGCAUAUGGGGGAGAGUACAGUCGCAAUGCUGGUGAAUUUCAGAGGCAAAUAUUGGAUGAAGUAGAAAUAAGAGAGCUGCUUAUGGAUCAUGUUGGUCAUCGCUGCUGUUGGGGAAGUCGUCCAGCUCGGACAUGGAAGAUUCAUGCGGUGGAAGACUGUAAUGUUUAUGUGGGAACUCUUGAAACUUUCAUAGAGGAUCGGGAAACUAUAAGAGAGAUAGAGCCAUACCAUGGUGGCAGUAUUGAUGGAAAAGAUAAAGGGCCUGAACUUGGCCUCUGGGAAUUGGAUCUAAGGUCUCAUUUCCCUGUUCUUUUUGUACCCUAUAAAGAAAUGCGGACCAAAAUUCCUCAUUCUGAAACCAUUGAAAAAUGCCCGGGUUGUACAGGACGAGGUGAUAUUGUGUGUCCUACAUGUAAUUCAGAUGAAGAAAAUCGGAUGACUCGAUGUAUUACCUGCCAAGGAAGGGGUUUAAUUGCUCAUAGAGAUGGAUCAGAUACGAUGUGCACAAAAUGCAAUGGAAAGGGUCAGAUUCCUUGUGCAACUUGUGGAUCUCGUGGUCUUAUUCAAUGUGAGAAGUGCCAUGGAAUUGGUUCUCUCCUGACAUGCAGUGUAGCCAUUGUUAGAUGGAAAACCCUUUCAACUCGGAAAGUAAGUGCAACAAGUGGAGCAGCAUCCGUUCCUGAUGAAGUUUUCCACAGGGCCAAAGGAGUCCAGUUGUGCAAUACUCAAGCAUAUCAGUGCACUCCAGCCUUUUUUGCCGACUCAUUUUUUCUCAAUAAGUUUUCUUCUGAGGUUAUUGCAGAUAGGGCUCAUGUACCUCCUACUGCCAGGAUCAUAUGUGAGAGGCAUGCCAUCAAUGUUGUACCAGUGACACGUGUCACAAUGGCUCAUCGUGGUCGUUUUUUCAGUUAUUAUAUCAUUGGUUUUAGCAGGGAGGUGUACCUAAAGGACUACUACCCCUCCAGGUUUUGCUGGGGGCUAUGUCCCUGCUUGGAAUGGUUGAAGUUGUAAAUAAGCAGAUAUCUACAUGUCACUAGAUAAUGAGAUUAUGAAGCUUCUCACUUCCGCCGGCAAAGUGAUUCCCUUGAUUUCAUAUGGCAAGGGGACCGGAGACUGUAAUAUUGGUGGUAUUUUGUUGAAUGAAGGAGUGAUAUUUUGUGCAUGUUUAGUAGAUUUGUAAGUCUUGUGUAUUGGGUGCAUCCCUGAACAAUAAAGGUGUUAAAUAAAGGUGUUUGAAUUCGCUAUUGUGAAAGUGGUUUGUCUCCACUUUUUAA